AGUAAAGAAUUACAAUUUUAGUGGGUUGGGAGAGCAAAACAAUUAGGGUUAUAAAAUGAGUUUUUGCUUUCCCACUACUUCAAAACUAAGGUUCCUUAUUUGUUGAUCAAGGUAGGAAGAUGACGACGACUGAUGAAUAUGAAAUAUGCAGUGAUCCGUUCGAUCCAAAAUGUGUCGGCCCUUGUACCAUAUAUAGGCCUGGAGCUGAGCCCGAGGGGGCGAAACGUUUCUUGGAGAAGUUCAGAGGGAAAGAAGAAGAUAUGAUUCACAACUACACACGAGACGAGGAGUAUUAUCUUAUUAGGGAACAGAUCAAGAAGAGCCAAGGAUUUGACGUGGAUUUUUCCAUGUUUCGUACCCUUUUUGAUUUCUACCCUUCGAUUUUGGACGAAAGCCAUUCAAGAAAUUACCCUUGGAUUUUGGACGAAAGCCAUUCAACUAUGAAUCAAGAAACCGGUAGAGACUAUUUUGGGAGGCUGGCCAAGGAAGCCAUUGCAAGAUACAACGAUAGGGACAGGACGAGUUUUGAGGUUGUUGAGGUUAAGAAAGCUUAUAUUUACAAGGGUAGCAGAUACACUUACUUCAUCACAUUUGUAGUCAAGAAUCCUUGUGAUGAUGAUAACCAGACAAAGAUCUUUCAGGCUAAGGUCCGUAACGUGUUGGGUACAGAGAUUGUACAUAGCUUCUGCAGGCAAAAACCCGAUCAACAAGUAAAAUGUUAAAAAGAUUUCGAGGGAGUUGUGUGAAGAAAAGAAGGGCUCAAGAAGAGGGACGUCAUUAAGAUCUCUUUUAUAUAUUUCAUUUAAUUAAUGACUAGUCUCAUUAUAUAUAUAUAUAUAUAUAUAUAUAUCAUUUGUCUCGCUUCUAUAUGUCGAACACUUUUUCUUUUGUUAUGAGGAUGCGGAUGACUCGUUUUUAUGCAUGUAAUAUGAUAAUCAUUUUAUGUAUUGUAUCCAUUAUACUUAAACAUUUGAGGUUUAGUUGUAUCAAAUGAUAUUCUCAUAUUAUACUUUUCGUUGACA